GACCACAAAAAUGUUUAAGAACUUUAAUUUGGUGGUUUUGACCUUGUGGAUCACUCUACCUAAACCAGGUAAAUGAGAGUUAGUUAUGUCUAGCUAGCUAUUUAUCAUAUGAUAAAUGUUUAUGUAAUAUAUUAUUACCUCAGUUGUCGUUAGCCAUUGAUCCUUUAUAACAAUGUUUUUCGUCAGUACCAACUUUUCUCCGUUGAUUUUAAACUUCUAUUUAUUUGUUGACUGUUAAGACACACGAUUUUCGAUCUACGUAUUCACAAAUUGAGAAAUUCACAAAAGAACGAGUGAGUAUUGACGUAGUAUUACUCACAAGACGUGAAGACUUUGUGCAAUGCAAAAUUCCCACGACGGAUAAAAUUUACACUAAUAUUUAGACCCAUGGGCAUUCAAAAUUCUCUUAUUAUAACCUUCUUUUUCUACUGGGAGAGAUAAGGUUCGCUUAUCUCAUGGUUCAUGGUACUAUGUGGAGCAAUACAAUAAAGGCUCAAUAUUGCUUACCAUUGUGUACAGUUACUUAUGAGAUAUCAGUAUUUUUUUGGCACAUUGGUGAUACAAGUUUUUUAGUAUAUCUAAAACAACAACUGAGAGACCUGACAGGCAAUGCUUUCAAUCCCCUUUUCUGUAAUUUCUUUCUCCCAUAUCAUCUACUUAAUUAAAAAAGGUUUUGAAAUAAUUGGUGAAUGUUUGUACAUGGUAAUCAAAAUUGAGUUAGGAUCAGUUAAUACUUUUGGUGGUUUGGUAAUCCGGCCGUGACCUGAGGACAAGACAAAGCCAGUGAACAAAUGCAACAACAAUAACAUGGAAAACAACAAAAAGUAGCUUUUGCAAUAUCUUAUAUUCAUUCAGUCUUGCAGAGAAAAGGAAAGUUUACAAUAAUAAACAAAAACGAUUUUUGAGUGUUAACAAGUGCGCGUUUAUCGAAGCUAGACAAGAUAAAUUUUAUCAACUGAAGAUUAACAACAUAAUUUAGCAAUUAUUGAAUUCGGCUUUCGUAGAAUGUGAAGAAUUAUGCAGAUCUCGGAAUAUGUUAUCUAUCGAGGCUGAGGGCCAAGGUGGAUAACAUCCUCCGAGAUCUGCAUAAUUCUUCACAUCCUAGGAAUGCCGAAUUCAAUAAUUGUUUUAUUAUUCAUUCAAAAUAAAAGUUCUUAACAAGCUUUCCACCUCUUAGACUUUCUUCUAAACUUUGGCCUAUUUUUCGGCACAGUUUCAGGAUAUAAACAGAGGUUUUUUCGCAUCAAAAAGAAUAUAACAUCCAACUAGCAAUAUGUUUUGGGUAUUCGUGCUUUCCUUCCAUUCAGGUUUAGUCAGAAAUUCAGCUAUUUCGUUUCGGAUAGCCGUGAAUACCAUUUUUUUUUGUUCACUCGUGAAUAAACAGCUAGGUCGCCGCGCCUGGAAACGAGGUUGAUCGAUGGUCUUUUGCCCUAACAGCCUCGUUUUCAAUCAAAUAUAUCAUCGUUUAACCUUCGUUCACGGUCAAAUAUACCAUCGAAUCGAUGGUAUAUCGCUCUCAUCGUCCAAAUUUGGUCAGCGCCGGUUGGUUAUGAAGGAUUAGUCGGCGGAUUGGAGCCAAUCAGAAACGGAGAAAUAAUUUGAAUGAAUAAUAAUUCCAGUUACUUAGUUUGCACUGUAAAAUUAACCCUUUAGAGCAGAAUAUUUUAAUAGGAGAGUUGAAAGGAGGCAUUUAAAUUUCGUGAGAUCUGCACUGAGUAUUGCAACGCUUGCAGUUUUUCCUCCAGUCUCAUAAAGAUAACAGACCUCCAAUGAAACUUAUAAAACUGAAUGCAUGAAUACAAAAUGAAGAAAUAUGUAGAUCUCACGAAAAAAAUAUAUAUCUCUCAUUGGAACCAUAGUCAGUAGAGGACACUGAUUAGGAAACCCGGCAAACACCAAAGUUGAAAACAUUUAUGGUGCUGUAGUUUAUGUUGGAAGCUCCCUGACCGUGCACAAUCCUUUGUUUUCUGUUCACAAAUUAUGACUGAAUACAUUAAUGCGAUGUUUCUAUUGGUCAAUAACUUCAAAAUAAUAGGAAUGCUAUUGAACGUUAUGCACGGUCAGGUCCAAAAAAGCAGACAAACACCUAUAACAAAGGGUUUCCCAACCAUUCCACUAAUUAACUAUGUUGGAACCAAACCCUUCAACACUCACAAAAACGUAACUUUUAACCGGUAUUACACAAUCAAAGAAACUAAUAUAUAGAUUUAGCCAGGGCUAAAGGCGAAGCUCUCGAUAAUUUUUAUUGUUUGCUCAAACAAAAUAUAAAAUCGUAUAAUGCCGAGUGGCGAAGGCAACGAGAACGAUGAAAAAAAACAACAAUAGGCCUAAUUAGCAAAAAAACAACUUUGCACGUGCAGCACGCUUUUUUAGUACAUUUCUUUGCCGUUGUUUUGCACAACUGUUAAGUGAAACUUCCAUGCAGAAACUUCCUAGUUACACGUUUUAUGGAGGGAAUGUCGGACGUGUUCUUGUUCACUCUUUUUUCACUAUCGCUCAUUUUCACCCGGGUGGCGGCUAGCAUCUCUCUGCUACAAAACUUCAUUUUGUUCCUCCAACAGAAAAUGUCUCCUUUUAAUUUUUUUUCUCUCUCGCUCUAGCUCCUUUUCUCGUUGAGCUUCGCUGGCCUGUCGCCCUACUUUCUCUUUUUCUCUGUCUUCCUCUUUCUCUGUUUUCCAAAUUUGUGGACAUGACAAUUAAUCUAAGCUUAAGGUGAUUCCUUAGUAAAAGAACCUAACAUAGACUGUAGAUGAAACUUGGUACACUGAUGUAACAAGUCAAGAUGACGAUAAAAAGGUAAUAAAAAGUGGGGUCACCGUGCUUUUUUUUUGCCGUACAAGGCUGACAAAUACAGCUAUUUAGGACCCUUUGGCAGAAACCCCGCGCAGCCCAAAACUAGACAAAAAGGAGAGAUUUUUUCGAUAAUGCAUUUGGUAUUGCACAGAAUUUGAAUUAAAUGUAUUGUUUAUCCACUUACGUACCAGAAAAAUGCCUUUUUUUGCCCUUGUUUUUUACUUUACGCUCCAAAGGAGACUUAAUUUUGACACGCGCUACUGGACCCAUUAUAGCUCAAUCCGCACAAUUUAGUAAAAUUUUCAAAAAACUGAACAUAGAUUCUUCCCAAUUUUUUUCUCAUUGAAAGGAAGCACUGGUCUUAUUAAAAUCAUGAAAUAAAAUAUGGGGUUCACCGUACUCCUUUUUGCGGCGGAGCUGCAGGAAGUGCGCACCACACGCAUUUUCUCCGAUUUUUGAGAGAGGACUGGGGCGAGUUUCAGAAGGCAUGUAUGUGGAAGGGGGAAGAAAGCAUUAAAAAAUCCAUUUUACAGAAUUUACAUCGAGAUAUCACAGUUGGGACGCAAUGUGAUAAAGAUGGCGCUUAAAUGAGAAUCAAAGUGAGUUAGCAGAUUAUCGAGGUUCUCCGUGAGGAAGUCGAACUGAGCAACACGCGUACUGCUUACGUUAUGCACAUUUCCCAACGCAAAGAGUCUCAUUUUGGCAAGAAACAACCGGUAGCAAAAAUUCUUAUAGCGUUUCUCUUUAGUUAACUUUAUUUUAAUAAUGUUACUUUAGAUGCUCUUUUUCACGGCAGCCAUCUUUUUAUGCGCAGUAAGAGAUGCGCAGUGCAAAACCAGUAGAUCACCUUAAUACUUAAAAAAAAACAACACGGAUACAGAAACAUUUUCCGCUUUCCGUUUUCGCCUUUAUUGACUCUUUAGUUGUGUCUGCUUCACAAGACGCGGGUGGCCAUAAGCUUUCCCGCCAAAAUAACCUGACAUUUGGCAUCGGCUUACAUGUAAUGGGUGUACGGAAGGUCGUUCGUACGCUACGUCAUAACCAAAUUUUCUCGGAUGGAUAGUUUACCAAAUUUUCUUACCCAUGAUGCGAGAGCUCCGCUAUCAUAGCCCCCUGUUUAAUUACCCUUACGAGAAAAAACCCUUCUAGGAAAGCAUUAGUGAAACUAAGAAUUAGCAGUCACAAACCUAAGACUUGAAACAGGGAUCUAAGAUACUGACAAUAUACCACGUUAUGAAAGGCUAUACAGUAAAAAAUUGAAGAUCAAACUCACUUUAUACUAGAUUGCCCAAGCUAUUUAUUAUGUGAGAUAUGUUCCCUAGUACGAAAAUGGAAACUAAAAUGCCGUUUCCGGGACUGUUAACAAAAGAACCUUUAUUACCAAAUGUUAUGAAUUCAACUAACCAUUUCAUAAAAAUUCAAUUAAAUCUAUUCAUUUCAUCAUGCUUCGAAUUGAGAGACAAACUUGUCCCCGGAAUAAAUACUCGUACUAUAUGAACAGCUUUACUUUAUUUUAUUUUAAGUAAUUUUGAUUAAUUAAAGAAUCAAGAAUUAGUUAUAAGUAGCUUUGCAAACUAUAAAACUCUUCUGUUAUAGUCAUAUCAAUAAAGCUUCUUAUUGUUGUUGGCUCUCGCUGAGUGAAGAAUGAUACGAAAAGGCCAGUAGGGGGGAAGAGAAAAACUCUCCUCGCCUGACCCUAACCGCAAGGAUUUUUCGCAGGCUAAUCCCGUGCAAACAGGGACGAUAUACAGAAAGGUCCAAAUCAGGAUCAUUCAAGAUGUUUCACAUGUGAAACGAAAAUGACACAAACCAGCAAAGUAUUUGUUUAAAGAGCACUUUAUCAAGAUUACAGCGGAGCCCCAUACAUAAAUAAACCAAAAAUGCCGGAAAAUUUGGUUAUGACGUCAGCGUACGAAAGACGGCCCGUACAGACUAUGGGUGUUGGGUAAAAAACUCAGUAGGGAAGGAGAGGGAAGGAUGUCCCAGACAUAUUCGUUGCGUUUCGCUUUGGCGCAAACAUAAUCAACAAGGAAAACAACGGAGUUGCUCGAGAAAAAAUCUUGGUUGAAAUUUCUCGUGUUCGGCUUGGGACAAAAUUUUCGGAAACAAUUUUCUAAGCUUUACGUUUGCUUGGUCGCGUUUUUGGUUACGUUUUUGGUCACACUCAAGGGACAACCCCUCAACCCCACCCCCGGCGCUUGGUCAAAAUUUUGACAGGUGAAUUCGUGCGUGACAACUCAUACACUUGCCGGGAAGCCUUUUUUCAUUUCAGUCUACUUUUAAGGCCGCUCGAUAAGUUUUUCAGGGUCAAUACCUCUCACGUUUGAGCAUAAACUACGUCGCCAUAAACAAAGAUUUGGCAAAAUUGCCACCACAGUUGUAUCAGACAAAGAUGAAAAUUUGUUAUGAUCGGAGUUGCAAUGACAUUGGAGUUGUCAUAGCAACGAAAUGACGCCACUAGCUAUUUUACUUUCAGCAGUAUUUCUCGGCACUGGGAACUAUUCUUCCAAAAUCGUUCACGGGAGCUUUUUCUUCCAAUAGCCACCUCGAUUUUCCUGAAGUUUAAGCGGAAUCUGUAAGAGCGUUAUCGAGAUAUUUGGGGAUCAAGUUUUUAUGGUUAGAAAUACGGUAAAAAAUGGACAAUCUUGAUGUUCGGCCGUUAUCUGAAGAAAACGAAGCGCUUUUGGCAUGCAAUCUCACAUCACAAUAGUUCCAGUCUUUUCAAAAACAUGUGUGAAAGAUCAUGGAGAUAGCUCCAGCAUGUAUUGAGAAGCUCUUGUUAGCGGCUUUGUAAACAUUUUGGUCUAGUUUAAAAAAUUAGCGACUACUCGAUAGAUCUUUUAAAAAAUUUCACAUUCUCGAGAUUAAGCGUAGUUUUAGGAGACCUUCGAGUCUCAAGAUGAUUGAUAUAUUGUAAGGCAGUAAAAUAUGGGCUACAGUUCGCUAAUUUGUUAUCGGAAGUUUCGAGUUUACAAGUGAAAAUUUCUCAUUAUUCAUGGGUCUUGCCUCCAAGUUUCAUUUUCACGUGAACAGCAGUAACUAGCAAUGCACUUGAAGUAUGCAAAAAUGCUAACUAUUGUUGUGAAAGAAAAUUUGAAACUUGGAGACAAUAAUGAGCAAAAAAGAAGGCAAGUCAUUGCUAAACAAAAAACAGGUCCGCUCUGUGGGCGUACAUAUGGCGAGAGUAUAGAUUAAUGGUCGAAUGGUGAAAAGAAGAAUAUUACAUUUAACUGUUUUAAAGUUAAAACGUCCUUUUUUGGAAUGUGUUAGUCGCAUAAAAGUUAACCUUUAAAAAAAUUUUUCUAGCAAUAAAUUGUUAAGUAGGGAGUGUCAAUAUGGCUUUUUACGAGUUUCUGUGUCUAGUCUGAUGGCUGAUGGACCCCAUUUUACCUAUUUUCCGACCUUAAUCUCGCUCCCAGAGUCAGUGUUACCAUUGUCCAGUGGAGACGGGGACUUCGGGAACGAGAUUGUUCCGACCCAGGAAAGGUCGUUCGAUGAAACCUCUGUUUUUUUGUUGUUUUUUUUUCAAGUAAUUGAUUUUUCUUCAUCAAAUGUCUGUUAAACGUAGCAAAGAGAAAUUAACCGUUAGCCGUAGGAAAGCCAAAAUAUUAACCGUUAACCGCUACUGCCUCCGCCCUAUAACAAUUUUCUGUUUUCUCUGCUCGAACUCAAAGAUUAGCGAGAAUGCUUGUUCGCUGGAUAUCCCAUAUCUUGCUAGUUAUUAUUGCCAUGACUAAAACUUGUCACUGAUGAAUUGAAAAACUUUGAUAGAGCUAAGGUGUAUCCUCUCCAACUAGUAUUUUUAAUAGAGGCGUUCAUGAUCAGGAAAGAGGGGUCCCCUCUCAUCCUGUCCCUGACUUUCUGCCGUUGUUCUCUUUGACUCAAACAACGCAGAACUAAAACUCGCUUUAAUGACCCUCCAACGGCCAACAAUUCUAAGGACACAUUAAAAAUAAAACAAGGGGACAAGGACAGGAUGUUCUGAUGUAUUCUUCGUACUAUUUUUGACCCCUAAAUAACAGCGAUCGCCAACAUCCCCAUGCAAACCAUAAUAUUUAUGUUACGCAACAACGAUUGAUUGAUUGAUCGAUUAAUGACUGAUCGAUUGAUGGAUUGACUGAGUGAUUGACCGAGUGAUUGAUUGAAUGAUUGAUUGAGUGACUGAUUAAUUGAUUGAUUGAUUGAUUGUUGGUUGAUUGAUUGAUUGAUUGAUUGAUUGAUUGGUUGAUUGAUUGAUUGGUUGAUAAGAAGAAAGUAUUUCUGUCAUUUUUCUUUAUUCUUUUACAGCCUUUGGACUGAUAGCAGAGCCUACCUCAGGAAACCUUUCGGUCUACAGUGGAUCCAAAGUUCUUUUAAGGUGUACUGACAAAACAUUGAGUUCGAUAUCUACUUUGAUCCAGAGUUUGAUUUGGACCAAAGAUAAAGUUACAAUUCCAGCACAUGAUCUGCGGCUUGAUUCGACAAAUGGCACAUUGUUGAUAGAGCAAGUCCGAGAAAAUGACACGGGCACUUAUGUCUGUACAAUAAGAGCUGCAGGAUACUUGGGCAUCCGCAGCAUUAUACUUCAUGUUAUAGGUAAGCCAAUAAACCUCUCUUAAAGGACAUCUCUAUCAUAUUUCAAGUGUGCCCAUCCCCCCGCCAGAACGUUUCUCGCGGCAUUUAUCAAGUCGUGUAUCCCCCGGGCAGGGAAUUUGUCCUCUAAGGUCUUUUCCCCGGGGUUGAAGAAUUUGUUAUUGUUGAAUUUCAAUUUUCUCCUCCAAUUCUAGAUCUUCGCAAUGCGGUUAAUCUUCUGGCCACCGGGGGUUUACGGCCAAUUAGCUUUUUAGGGGGGAUCGCUGAAAACUUUGGAAGGAUUCAGAGAGGGAACCACUCAAAUUUGCUUGGAAAAUGACGACGUGAGCGGGGGGGGGAUCGCGCAAGUCAUCAAAAGUUAUUAGCCCCAAAUCCUCCGCCCCCACCACAGGCGAUAAAUAAUGGCCGAUCCCUAAGUACCAGUAUGUUUUCCACCAUUGAUAAGAACAUUCACAACCACCACUUCAUUUCAACAGACUGUAACUACACCAUCCCUUCAUAGCCAAAUUAGCACUCCCAGCCUUCCACAACUACCUCACUUCAAGACCUAAGAUCACUUUUACCUUCCAAUAAAAUGUUACUUCUCAUCGAAUUCUAUGAGAAACCAGUUUCGUUGAUUAAGGUAUUAGAUCUGCCAUAAACCAUUCCAUUUCAAAAAUUUAUUCCUCAAAUGAUACGGAAUUUUGCAAAAGAAAAAGUACACAGGUCUAUCAAGCGAGAGCUGAGCUUUUAGAAAAUUGAUAUUACAAAACAACGCUUUAGCCAUGACAAUGACUUUUUAAAAGGACUUUGUUGCAAGUAGAACUUUUACAAUAAUUUUUCGUACUUUGUGCUGUGAAUGAUGCACCACAGGAAAAUGCAAGUAGGCAUCCAAAUUGCAAGUCCUUAACGCAGUAAUCGUGUAAAAACAAUUGAACUUAAACUCGCACUAUAGUUCUCUGCACUAAUGUUUUUUCGGCUUUGUAUAGCAUGUUCCGACCCUCUCGGGAUGGAGAGCAGAAAAAUAACCGAUGGCCAGAUCACAGCUUCAACCGUAUGGGACGCUGCACACGGCGCCACCAAUGGCAGACUCAAUUUCAAGGCUGGAGGAGGUAGGACUGGUGCAUGGUCCGCCCUGAGAAAUGACGUUCAUCAGUGGUUACAAGUGGGUCUUGGAGCUAAAACCGAGGUGACAGGAAUACAGAUCCAGGGACGACAAGACGUGGGUGAAUGGGUUACGAGCUUUACUAUCUCCUUCAGCAGCAACGGCACCACCUAUACACCUUAUCAGAACAGCAAGGUAUGGCAACAGAUGAAAAUCGUAGCAAGACAAACUCUAGCAAUUAAUUAAGCUAAUUGAAUCUCUCGAGAAUCUCGACUCUGUAACAUGAAAUUGUCUCAAAAUAUUAGUCCCACAUUAAAAACUUAGCAACACUGUCCCCCUCCACAAGUACCUAACUAGUUUAACCAUAACGCUUCAUUUAUCUGCUGCAGGUCUUUAAUGGAAACACGGACCGCAACACCGUGGUUUUGAACGUUUUGAACCCUUCCAUAGAUGCACGCUACAUUCGGGUGCAUCCUAAGACGUGGCGUGGCCAUAUUUCUAUGAGGAUGGAACUCUUAGGAUGUCCGUUAGGUACUAGCAUUUUCUUUUCAUUUUCUUGUCAAUAAACAAACAGGUUUCCACUUAAUCGACAAAAGCGCUCGACUAUCUCCUCGCAUACUCAUUCAACUACAGUUCGGUCUUAUAUUAAUUCCUUUGAAUAAUCAAAGAGCCAAAUAUUCAAUCAAUUUGAUAGCAAACACCGUUAUGUGUUUUACCUUAUCAUACUUACAAACCACGGGGGCGUCGAAAAUUAAGAGAGAACUACUUACAAACCAAGGGCGUAGCCAGCUUUUCGACAUGUUGCAGGCCUGUUCCCUACAGGUAGCAUCGAAGGAGACCGGGUAAUACGCUGCACUGGAAUUUUUCUCAGGUUACACAACCCGACCUUCAAAAUGUUCUGGCUUAUUCUUUUUAUUUCUUUUAAUUGUAUGCGUAGCUCGUCGAAUAGAUUGUAUCUAAAUCUCGAACUACUGAUCUCAGUACCGACUCCACUGAUACAUGUUACUGGCAACCGACCUACCAUGCAAUGGCGAAAAAAGAAGUUCAAUCCUCUUGUUUCUAGAGGUUUCCAAAUCAUCUAACCAGCGUCAGUGCCUUUCCCAGUUCUUACAAAGUGAAAGUGGCACCGAUAAGCCACCGCGUUACGUCUUAGUUGGCGGGUAUGACCUUACCAAGGAGUUGAAUGAAACCUGGACUAUACAUCUUCAUGCACCUCAUCUGUUGCGCGCCUAUUUCCGAGAUUUUUUCGAAUGUAGCCCACUCAGGCGAAUAGCAGUUGCUUUUGAAGCUCGUUUUUGUACAGAGAUUGAAGCAACACAGACCUAAUAGUAGAUGGGGGAGUUUGCCAGAUUUUAAGAUAUUUCAACCAAGACUCACGGGGUGCAACAUCCAAUAGUGUGCAACUUUCAGGUCCACAAAGGCUAUGAAGAUAAUUCCAAUAAUUAGAUAGGGUAGCAAUUUUAAUCACCUCUCCGAAGAUUUCAGCAAAUGACCGCAUGCCACGUAUAUGGAAUUACCCAUUAAUACUCGUACUAAGCUACCGAGAUGGCACUUGCAGAGUCGUCCAUACCAGCUCUGUUAGGAAAAAAAACAUACUCAGUUAACAACCGUUAAAACGUCACAUAUCUAAGAUGUUCAGCAUGCAUAUUUUAUCUGUUCGUCUCUGGAUGGUCCAGGUUGAUAAGUGGCGCACUUGACUGUCCCAAAGAUGUGUAUUGUUUAUUCUCCUGCUUUCCUUUGCUCGCUUGAAAGGUUUAAUAGUUGGUCUGCCUUGACUUUAUAACAGGAGUUCUUUAAAUGAUUUCUGAGUUUGGUUUAAGAACAAGAGCCUUUAUUCUCGCAGGCUUAAUUUAGUGCGACUGUUCAGUGGGUUGGUAUAGUUCUUUUUGGCACAUCGUCUCUGAGAUAUGGUAUAUUAACAUCUCGGUUAGUAGGCUCCAGAUAACAAUUCCUUGGCCAAAAUGCUCUUGGUCUUCCUCGAAGAUUAGGGUUCUAUCACGACAAUGUGGUGGUUAGAUAAAAGACUCACUGUGCAAAGGAUAAACGCUACAGUUCUUGGUCGCCAGUUUCGCGUAACAUUCAGUAAGUCAACGGCAUUCAAACGUUCAUGAUCCUUUUGGAUCCUUGUGGAGAUGCGUAAGUGCAAGUCCACCUGGGGAUCUUCUUUUAUCGUUGUGGGUCUUUUAGUUCGCUCAAUGCACUCUCACUGAAAGACCUCUCUCAGACUGCAGAUAAUUGACAAAGUUAGAAGUGCUGUAAAUGCCCACGAUAAAUUUAGGUGGAACUCUUGAGGACAACAAUAUGGAAGUGUCUCAACAAUUUACUGGUGGCUUUCUGAUCAUAUAGUGCGUUUUCCAUCACAAUAAUUUCCUUUUUGCAGUGGUCGAAUGAAUACUUUCUGAAAUCGAUCACAUCUCAUAAGCAAGUUCAAUUUUCGACUUUAUACUGGGAAGAGUAAUAUUGAUGAGUCAAGCAGGCGGAAGAAAUUGUGGGCCCGAGCCUACAGACCUGUAGGCUGGCAACACCUCUGCAAACUAAUGCAAUUUUACAAACAACGCUUCAGCAACAAUAACUGUGUUACAAGUGGCGUCUUUAACUUUCAUUUCCCUGCAACGUGAUAUGAAAAAUACGCCACAAACAUACACAAGUAGGCAUCCAAAUUAAAGUCGAAAAAACACCUCCUAUUAUAACCUUGUAAGACAGUUCUCGCUCAGCAAGCAAAAAAGGCUAACACUUUCAACUCUGGACAGAACGAUUCUACGACAUCAUAUACUUAACAGACGCAAUUGAGCUUAAACUUGCACUAUAGUUCCUUGCAAUAAUAAUGUCUUCUUUGUGCAUAGCAUGUUCCGACCCUCUCGGGAUGGAGAGCAGAAAAAUAACCGAUGGCCAAAUCACAGCUUCGACCGAAUUCCACGGGGACCUUGCAUACGGCGCCGAGAAUGGUAGACUCAAUUUCAAGUAUAGAGUAGAUGAGGCGGGGGUACGUCAGUCUGGUGGCUGGACCUCCCAAGUACGUGACGUUCAUCAGUGGCUACAAGUGGAUCUUGGAGCCAAAACCGAGGUGACAGGAAUACAGACCCAGGGACGACAAGAUCGCUUUCAAUGGGUUAGGAGCUUUACUAUCUCCUACAGCAGCAACGGUACCACCUAUACACCUUAUCAGAACAGCAAGGUAUGGAAACCGAUGAAAAUCGUAGCACGACAAACUCUAGCAAUUAAUUAAACUAAUUGAAUCUCGACUCUGUAACAUGAAAUUGUCUCAAAAGAUUAGUCCCACAUUAAAAACUUAGCAACACUGUUACCCUCCACAAGUAACUGACCAGUUUAACCUUUUAAAAAUACUUCAUUUAUCUGCUGCAGGUCUUUAAUGGAAACACAGACCGCAACACCGUGGUUUUGAACGUUUUGAACCCUUCCAUAGAUGCACGCUACAUUCGGGUGCAUCCUAAGACGUGGCGUGACCGUAUUUCUAUGAGGAUGGAACUCUUAGGAUGUCCGUCAGGUUACGAAAAUUUCUUUUUCCUUUUCUUCAGUUGGCAAUAAACAAACAAAUUUUUUUCCAUUUUGGUCUAAAAAUAAGGGGGCCCGCUCGUCCCCCCCACCCUUCCCGUGUCUUCAACUUUCUUUUACAUUACGGUUCUUAUCUACCCAAAAGCUAUCUAUGGACAAAGAAAAUGAAAGGAAUCUACUUUUCAACUCUUGCCACGAAAUCAGGAUUUUUGCUCAAUUUUUCCUGACCUUCGCUCUUAAACAUUCUCGAUAGUGUCUUUUGUUUGUCACAAACAACAACUAGGUUUGUACUUCUUACCAUUUUGAAUCAUAUAAUUUUUAUCCGUUAUUUUGUAAACGGUCUUGGGUUUUUUUCUUCUGGGAUAGCAAAUUACUUCUUCUUCAGCAUCAGUGCAAAAACGAAUUGACAUACAGACUUCCGCCAUCGUUUUUUAUGCGAACUAAUCACAGAACCUUUUUUAUUCGUGCUUCGCGCUCGAAUUAAUUUUUUAACCUUGAUAAAACACUGCAGUUUGUGUUCCCUCCUACAAAGACCAUAGCGCUUGACCAAUAAGCGGGCGCACAGUCACUUCGUUAUUACAGUAUAAACUGUUAUAGACCUUAGCUCUUGACCGAAGAAAAGGCGAGAAAUUACUCAGUUUGUUAUAUUGUAUAGAAGCCAAAUGAAUCACUCACUCCAUAAAUGCAUUUUACUUUACUGUUAAUAGUUGGCGCUCCUAUUGAGGGUGGAUUGGGAGAAUGGAGUCAAUGGUCACAGUGUAAACCCCCCGGUAUUGCAAGUAGAACGCGAUUGUGUAACCGACCACCUCCCGCGAGGGAGGUGCAAUCCUGUCGGGGUCACGUAUUUGAAGCACAGUUUUGCCUUUUUCCAGGUGAGUAAAUGUGAGAUAAGAAAAAAAAGGAGGAAGAAAUUCCACCUUCUUUAUGAUGGGAACAACCGUGAUUAAAGACAGAGAGUGACGUUAUGCCUUUUAAACCUUUAUACACUAGGAACAACAUUUAAAUUUAACUGCUCCCUAUUGGGUCUCUUUUGGUUAGAGAACUCGAAGAUCUAAUGUGGAGGUCAAUGACGAGACCAAUCCUUGCCCAGGCCAAAAGUUUGUAAACGUUAGUCCCAAGGCAGUUUUAGAAGGAUUUUGGCAUUUGAAUAAUACUUAAAGAAACAAAGAGCUAGCAUUAAUAUAUUGUGCAGCAUAUUUCCAUAAAUCAAGCACAAUUUUCGGCAUUCAGAAAAAUACGAGCUGUCAAAGCAUACCUACAUGCAGCUCUGUACCUAACAAAAUUAAAAAGAGAAGAGGGAGCUGUUAUGACCAACAGAAGCCCGGCAUUUGCCUAAUUUGCAAGUUAGUGCAAACAGUAACAAUGAAGUCUUGCCAGCAGACAAGGAGUCCUUUUAGACCUAUGGUAUCCCAGGUAGAAUGAAGACUAUCGCAAAACAUGCAGAUUCUGACGAUUAAGUAAGAUAGCCUGCGUCACAGACACCCGCUGAGGUAUACUAGAAACAGUUCUUCCUUUAAGUCUUUUUCGGAGACUAGGGAUAGGUUCUGAAAGCGGCUGCGGGUGAGAGGGUAACCAUUUAGAUUUUUGCUACCAUGCACUGUUUCGAGAAAUACGAUACAGCGACAGAAAGAAGUGGCUUGUGCAGAAAGCUAACCGAAUAGGUCUACUUUUUAUUGCAGUCAGGCACGUAUUAAGAAUGCAAUCAACAGGAUUGUGCCAGAAAUAGAUUGUACGGUAUGUUACCAGGCCUGGCCUGGCCUGGUAUGUUACAACGGCUACUGUAACAUUCGCUCAUCUCUGUAAGUACGUUUUUUAGGGCCACGGUCUAUUUAGCUAAAACCGUGGCCCCAAAAUUUUCUCACGCCUUGCGUAAAAAUUUCACAGAUUCGCCUGUUCCUUUCGUAGAUCUGGCAAAACCUUCAAUGUUUGCGACCAUCGUUAUUUUUAGUCAUAAGCUGCUUAAAUACAGGUGUUUAGUGUUGUAUUGUAAAGACUCCCUAAAGAAGUCUACUUUAAUACAUAAUAGUUAGACGAACGCUUAGGAGAAUAAACAAGUUUUACAGCGACAGUUCGAAGAAGCCUCAGUGGUUUAGUUUAAAAGUUAAAAAGAAAAAAAAUUAAAAUCAAAAUUGUAACGAAAAAUGCAAAAAAAUUGAAAACAUUAAAAAAUUAAAAGACUGGACUAUAUUUAACGGUCUAGACGAUACGUGGGCCGGCUGCAACGCGACAUAUUUGGAGACCAUCCCGAUAUUUUUUAAUCGCCUUCAUUAAAAGUGAUUAUCGUCGUAAAAUUUUCACCACUGACUGAUCUUGGAUCAAAGUUUAUAAAAUGUAGUUUUAAUUAAAUUGCUCUUACCAUGAACAGGGUAUACAAUUUCAACAUUUAACGUCUUGAACAGGAUGUCUUUUGAAACGGAAACCUUUAGAAGCGUGUAAAAGGUGUCUACAUCUACGGUAGCAACAUUUCCUCCAAAAAUCCAAUUCCAUGAUCGCAGUCGAACUAAGAACAUUGGUCCUUUUCCCACCCAAACGCAGGCAUUUAAAGCAAAGUAUCUGCAAAAAAAUAUAAAAGAAACAAUGUUUCUAUCUCUAGUAUUUGUCCGCUUUUAAAGUGUCAGCAGCCUCUAAUAUGUGGAGUACGGUGACUGGUCGACGAAACACUCCUUGUGACGUCUUUUCAAGAGCGGAACGGAGCACCCCAUCUCUUCCUUUGAAUAUUUCAUUUAUCCGUCCAAGUUUCCAGCGUAGUCUUGGAAGGCGGUCAUCACUCACGAUCACGGGUCGAUCUAUGAUAAUUUUGGCCGGUGUGAGUGGAAGCGGGUCGCUUGUGUCAGUGUUGUGUCGUCGCUGCAAUGCGUCAAGGGGCAACUGUUUAUUUGUGCCUCGACUACUGAGCGUGUUGUCCUCAUUUCUUCUUCAGUCAAUAUCGCUUUUCCAAACGUCUUUUUCAAGGGUGUCUUUAAUGACUUCACCAAUCUCUCAUAAACUCCCCCCUAGUGGUGUGCGCGAGGGCAAAUGAACGAUUUAAAAUCACGUCA